UUAAACAUAUGACGUUGCAGGACCGCGCAAACACGCUGUUUAAACAGAUUUACGAAAGCAAAAUCCUGAAAGGGUACAACGUAGAGGCGACCGUGUCUGCCUCCUUGUACAUCGCUUGUCGGGAAGACAACGUUCCAAGAAGUUUCAAAGAAAUCUGUGCCGUGUCACAAACCAGUGUAAAGGAAAUUGGUCGCCAUUACAGGAUUAUCUUGAACAAUCUUAAGACCUGCGUUGGUCUUAUCAGUACCGGAGAUUUCAUGUCUCGCUUCUGCAGGACUUUGAGCUUGCCAGGGACGGUACAGGAAGCCGCCAAACGUAUUGCAGACAAGGCAAAGGAGCUGGGUUUGAUAUCUGCACGAAACCCAGUGUCAGUUGCUGCUGCUGCAAUAUACAUGGCCUCAUAUCUAUCAGACAACAAGAGAACUGUUAAAGAAAUAUGUGACGUUGCCGGUUGUGCUGAGUGCACCCUAAAAGAAACAUAUAAAUCAUUAUACCCCAGAGCUUCAGAGCUGAUUCCCUCAAACUUUCGUUUCAUCACUCCAGUAGAUUGUCUGCCCACACACUAA